AUGAACGUCUCCGCAUUCCGACCGGUCUUCCGACCCUACAAACCCACUCAAACCACGCAAGCGACAAACAUCUGGCAAAGAACCGCACAAUGGACAUGUCCGCAGCAGCAGCAAAAGUCGCAACGAGCAGCCUUCUCAUCGACACCAAACAUGCAGAAGAGGAGUAAAAAGGGACCGGGGAAUGAUCCUAGGAUAACAAACAUCCGCUACCACCUCUCCCACCCCCUAACCCCCCGCCCCCUCCACUUCUCCCGCAACCGCUCCCUCCGCCACUGGACAAUCCACCGCGCCUGGCUCUUAUUCCUGCGCAAACGUCGCUGGGCCGAAGAACGCGCCCUAGAACGGCAAUACAUGGCCAUGCGGUCUGCAUGCGAGCACCUGCGUCUCAUGGACAACAACGGCAAUCUUGUGAAAGAAGAGGAGGCUGGGGGCCGCGGCGCGGAUCCGAGUCGCCUAGGGACGAAGGGCAGGGAGGUGGGAAGGUUGUAUCGCAGUGCGAUGUUGAAGCGGGGGAUUUGGGGGAGUGUGCCGGUGGAGUAUGGGAGGGUGCAGACGGAUUUUCCGGCGAGGGAGGGGUGGAAUCAUGGGUGGACGAGGGAUUAG